GGCGGCUCGGUGCAGCACAACGGCCCCUUCCCGGCGCCGCCGCCGCCGCCGCCGCCGCCGCCGCACAUGGACCCCGACCCGCCCGACUCCCGCAAGCGGCCGCUCGAGACCCCCCCCGAGGCCUCCAGCACCAAGCGCUCCAACACCGGCGAGGAGGGCGAGUACUUCCUCAAGGUGCUCAUCCCCAGCUCGGCCGCCGGCUCCAUCAUCGGCCGCGGCGAGACCAUCGUCCAGCUCCAGAAGGAGACCGGCGCCACCAUCAAGCUCUCCAAGUCCAAGGACUUCUACCCGGGCACCACGGAGCGCGUGUGCCUCGUGCAAGGCACGGCCGAGGCCCUCAAUGCCGUGCACAGCUUCAUCGCCGAGAAGGUGCGCGACGCGCAGGCUGCGGCCAAGCCCGAGGCCGCCGGCGCCCUCCAGCCGCAGACCACCAUGAACCCCGACCGGGGCCAAGCAGGCGCCCACCCACAGGCGAAGCUCAUCGUGCCCAACAGCACGGCGGGGCUCAUCAUCGGCAAGGGGGGGGCCACGGUGAAGGCCAUCAUGGAGCAGUCGGGCGCCUGGGUGCAGCUGAGCCAGAAGCCCGAGGGCCUCAACCUGCAGGAGCGGGUGGUGACGGUGAGCGGCGAGCCGGCGCAGGUGCUCAAGGCCGUGCACACCAUCGUGCACAAGAUCCAGGAGGACCCACAGAGCAGCAGCUGCCUCAACAUCAGCUGCAACGUCACCGGCCCCGUGGCCAACUCCAACCCCACCGGCUCGCCCUACGCCAGCGCCACGGACGCCUUGCCGCCCACGGCCGCCGCCGCCGCCGCCGCCGCCGCCGCCGCCGCCUCGGGGCUGCUGGGGCCCGGCGUGGGCGGCGCGGGCGCCUUCGCCGGCGCCCUGCCCAGCUUCUCGGGCAGCGACCUGCUGGCCAUCAGCGCCGCGCUGAACACCUUGGCCUACGGCUACAACCCGGCGGCGUUGGGGCUGGGGCUCAACUCGGCCACGGCGUCGGGCGUGCUGGCGGCCGUGGCGGCCGGCGCCAACCCGGCGGCCGCCGGCGCCAACCUGCUGGCCUCCUACGCGAACGAUGCCGCCGGCGCCUCGGCGCCCGCCUUCGCCCUGGGCUCGCUGGCCGCCGGCACCGCCAAUGGCUACCUGGGCACGGCGGCACCUCUCGUAGCCGGCUCCUUCCUGGCCCCCGAGAAGCUGGUGGAGAGCACCAAGGAGCUGGUGGAGAUCGCCGUGCCCGAGAACCUGGUGGGCGCCAUCCUGGGCAAGGGGGGCAAGACGCUGGUGGAGUACCAGGAGCUCACAGGCGCCCGCAUCCAGAUCUCCAAGAAGGGCGAGUUCAUCCCCGGCACCCGCAACCGCAAAGUGACCAUCACGGGCCCGCCGGCCGCCACGCAGGCCGCCCAGUAUCUCAUCAGCCAGCGGGUCACCUACGAGCAGGGCGUGCGGGCCACCAACCCCCCCAAAGUGGGCUAAGGCCGGCCGCGACGGCGCCCGGGGUGCCGGCGGGCGCCGGGGCGGGGGGCUGGCGGGUGCUGGGGUGACGCAGGCGCCUGGGGGGGGAUGCGAUGGGUGCCGGGGUGGUGUGGCCCCAUCACCUGGGGCGUCCCAUGGGCAGGGUGGCAUUGCCGAAGGACCUUUGGGUACUAAUGGGCAUGGCUCCGGCGCCUGGGGUGGCCAACGGGCAUGGUGGCACCACCAAAGGACCCUCGGGUGUCUGAAUUCAUGGCUGUGGUGCUCCAGGGUGGCCAAUGGGUGCUGGAGUGGCACUGCCUGGGCACCUAAGGUGGCCAAGAGGCAUGGCCCCUCACCCAAGGUGGCCAACAGGCAUGGUGGCACCACCAAAGGGCCCUUGGGUGCUAAUAGGCAUGGCUCCGGUGCCUGGGUGGCCAAGGGACCCUGAGGUGGUCUUGCUCCAGCAUCCAGGGUGGCUGAGGGGCAUGGCCCUCCCACCCAAGGUGUCCCAUGGGCAUGGUGGCACCACCAAAGGACCCUUGGGUGUCUGAAGGCAUGGCUCUGGCACGUCAGGGUAGCUGAUGGGUGCUGGGGUGGCCUUGCUCCAGCACCCAAAGUGGCCAAGGGGCAUGGCCCUAUCACCGGGGGUGUCUCAAGGACACGGUGGCACCUCCAAAGGACCUUUGGUGUCUGGAGGCAUGGCUCUGGCACUCCAGGGUGGCUGAUAGGUGCUGGGGUGGCCAUUGCCUGGGCACCCAAGGAGGCUGAGGGGCAAGGCCCCGUCACCCAGGGUGGCCAACAGGCAUGGUGACACCACCAAAUGACCCUCGGGCACCCGAAAGCACAGCUCCGGUGCCCGGGGUGGCUGAUGGGUGCUGGGGUGGCCUUGCUCCAGCACCCAAGGUGGCCGAGGGGGCAUGGCCCCGUCACCCGGGGUGUCCCAUGGGCAUGGUGGCACCUCCAAGGACCUUUGGGUGUCUAAGGGCACGGCUCCGGUGCCUGAGGUGGCCGAUGGGUGCUGGGGUGGCAUUGCUGAGGACCUGGGGUAGCCGAUGGGUGCCGGGGGGGGAGGGUAUUACUGUUGGUGGGGGGGCGGGUCGCACCCCACUUGGGUGCCGAGCGGCACAGGAGACCCCUCCCCCAGCCUCACCCCUCCUCAUCUAUCCAUUUUGCCCAAUUGGAGGUUUUUAAUAGGAAAACAAAAUCCAAGGAAGAUGACUUUUUCUGUGCCCCACCCCCAGUUUCCUCCCAGGGCCCCUAAAAUGGGGGUCCCCCCACCUUAGGGCCCCCCAACCCUCCUAUAAUGGUAGCCCCCACACACACCCCAGAGACCCCCUAUCAUGGGGUCCGCCCAUGACCCCCGAUAUUGGGGAUCCCCCCAGGCUCUAAACAGGGGUCCCUGACCUCAAGGCCCCCCAGUAUGGGGGCUCCCCCAGGCCCCUAAUGGGGGUGUCCCUCCCACCCAGGACCCCCCCCAUUCGAGACCCCCCCCCCACUCAAGCACCCCAAUACGGGGGGGGUCCCACAACCUCGCCCCCCUCCCCCGGGAAGGGUGCCCACCUCGGUAGCACUUUGCAAUGGGGGGGGGUCAGGAGACGGGGGAGG